AUGUGGUCUUCCGCGAGGUCGCUCCUCUUUGCCUUGGUCGGCGCGCUCAGCAUCACCGCGGCUUCGGCCGACCAAUUGCUAAAGUCCAACUCGCUCAACACUUGCCAGGCCAACUCCGGUUUCACGGCCAGUCUCUUCGAUGUCGUCUUCACGCCCAACAACAACUCCGCCAGCGUCAACAUGGUCGCCGUCUCCUCUAUCGAGGGCCAUGUCCUGUUCGACGUGAACAUUAUCGCCUACGGCCUGCAGCUCAUCCGCCGCACGGUCAACCCCUGUGACGCCGGCCUGGCCGGUCUCUGCCCCAUGACCGCCGGCAAGCUUUCCAUGACGUUCAACAUCCAAGUCGGCUCCGAUGCCAGCGACGUUAUUCCCGGCAUCGCUUACAGCUUCCCGGAUCUCGACGCCACCGUCAAGGUCUACAUCAACAUGACAUCAGGUGACCAGGCCGGCCAGACCGUUGCCUGUGUCGAGGCCGACAUCUCCAACGGCAAGACGGUCAACUUGCUCGGCGUCAAGUGGGCCACCGCCAUCGUGGCUGGCCUGGCUCUGGCGUCUUCGGCUGUUGUCUCGGGCCUGGGCCACUCAAACGCUGCGUCCCACGUCGCCGCCAACGCUCUGUCUCUGUUCAGCUACUUCCAGGGCCAGGCCAUGCUCGGUCUGACGGGUGUCAAGCUGCCGCCUGCUGCUUCGUCCUGGACGCAGGACUUCCAGUGGAGUAUGGGCAUCAUCCGUGUGGGCUUCAUGCAGACCAUCUUCACCUGGUACCAGCGUGCCACGGGCGGCACGCCGUCCCAGCUGUUCAAUUCGCUCACGGCUGUUUCCGUCCAGGUCGAGAAGCGCUCGCUCAGCCUUGCGGAUGCCGCCUCGCAGUACCUUCCGAACGCCAUUUCGUUCAUGCCGCGCCACAUUGCCAUGGCCCCGCGCAGCCUGGUCCGCCAUGUGACGACCGGUGUCAGCGCUGUGACCAACGCCGUUGCGAAGCGCUCCACUCUUGAGGUUAACAGCUCCGGCAGCUACGUUGUGUACGGUAUCCAGCGCGUCGCGUACGUCGCCGGUAUUGAGUCGACGAACUUGGUUCUGACGGGCCUGACCUUCUUCUGCAUCUUUGUCGUCGUUGUCAUUCUCGGCGUUGCUGCUUUCAAGGGCUUCUGCGAGCUUGCCGCCAAGCAGCGCUGGAUCAAGAGCGACACGUUCCUUGAGUUCCGCAACGGCUGGUUCACCGUCCUCAAGGGCAUCCUCUUCCGCGUCACGCUUAUUGGCUUCCCCCAGAUGUGCAUUCUCUGCCUGUGGGAGUUUACCCAGGUCGACUCGCCUGCCAUUGUUGUUCUGGCCGUCUUCUUCUUCUUCGGCAUGCUCAUCACGCUUGGCUGGGCCGCUUCCAAGGUCAUCCGGAUCGCCCGCCGCUCCGUCGCGAUGCACCGCAACCCGGCUUACAUCCUGUUCUCGGACCCCCAGGCCCUGAACAAGUGGGGUUUCCUCUACGUCCAGUUCCGUGCCUCGGCCUAUUACUACAUUGUCCCCAUGCUGGUGUACACCCUGGUCAAGGGCAUGUUUGUCGCCUUCGCCCAGUCCAAGGGCGUUGUGCAGGCGAUUGCCUUUAUCCUGCUUGAGGCCUUUGCUCUGAUCGCCGCCACUGUCCUCCGCCCCUGGAUGGACAAGAAGACCAACGCCUACAACAUUGCCAUUUGCGUCUUCAACUUUGUCAACGCCAUUUUCCUGCUGAUCUUCACCGACGUCUUCGGCAUGCCUGGCCUCGUCAUUGGCAUUGUGGGUGUCGUUCUGUGGAUCAUGAACGCCGUCUUCUCCCUGGUGCUGCUGAUUAUGCUGAUUGUGACGACGACUCUGGUCUUCAUCCGCAAGAACCCCGAUACCCGGUACCAGUUCAUGGCCGACGACCGCGCCUCGUUCAUGAAGUCGCAGACGCAGCUCAACACGACCACUGAGCUGGACGCCCUCGCUGUUACCGCCCGUGGCGACAAGGCUGGCUACAAGUCCAACCUUGACCUGGACGAUGACAACGAGUCCAUCUCGUCCGAGUCGCUGCGCCGCCGCACCGACCCCAACUUGGCGUCGGCCAAUAGCGUCGCGGCUCCCAACAAUAACUUGUACCGCGACCCGCCCCGCUCGCCCGUGGACCCGUCCAUGCCCCUCUUCCCUGCCGACAACCGCAGCCACGCGUCGUUGCAGAACUCGGGCGGUGCGCCUCAAGCGUACGGUGGCUACGGCCCCGUUCCUGGCAACGCUCGCUCGCCGAGCCCGUACAACAACUCCGCUUCCAAUCUGUCGGCGGGCGGCUACCGGCCACCGAACGGUGGCAACGGUUUCCGCCAGCAGAACAACGCUAGCCCUGCCAGCUUCCGCCAACAAAACAACGCCAGCCCGGCAGGCUUCCGCCAGCAGAACAAUGCCAGCCCAUGGCAGCGUGGUGCCGGCUACGACCACUAG